CAUUCACUUCACCCACUCACAUACAUACACUACGUCAACAACAACAUCAAAGCCGCCAAAAUGUCCAUCUCAGGCUUCUCCUUCAUCUUCUGGCGCAUCGCCCAAAUCAUCACCCUGAUCCCCACCCUCGGCAUGCUCGCCUGGUUCGUGGACUGGUUCAACACACGCCAGUACCUCACCCCCCGCGAAUAUCUCGUCCUGUUCAUCGUCUCUGUUCUCGCCGCCGCUUGGGCCAUGGCCACCCUCUUCCUCUACUCGCGCGCUCGCCACAGCGCCGGCUUCGUCGCCUUCGUUGAUUUCUUGUUCGUUGGAGCUUUCAUUGGCGCUGUGUGGUGUCUGCGAUUCGUCACCGAGCUCGACUGCGUGAAUUGGGGCGGGAGCCAUUCGGGCACUGUGAAUCUCGGCAUCGUGACGUUUGGGGGGACUGUCUCGGGUGUGGAUGUGAACAAGAGAUGCGCUAUGCUCAAGGCGGCUUUUGCGUUUGGCAUCAUGAACUGCAUCUUUUUCUUCCUCACCGCAAUCUUCGCCCUCCUCGUCCACCACAAUCACCGCUCCGACCGCGUCGUCGUCAAGCGCGAAACACACUACUCGAGACACGGCCACCGCAGCCGCAGCCCCCGCCACUCCCAUCACUCGCAUCGCAGCCGCAGCUAUGUCUGA